AUGGCACCAAACACCCCACUUGAUAUUCUCCAAAACAUCGACGCCAACACUCUAGCUAGUCUUGUGAGUCUCUUGCAACCUGUUGAAGAACAAGAAUGCCCGGAAGUUCGCUUUGCCGAAAUCAUGAAUAUCCAGGAAUACAUCGACAAGUCUUGCUUUGGAAACAUAUUACCUUACAAUAAAGAGACGCGGCGCAUCUUGAACCUGAAAGAUAAGGAGCUCAAAUGGUCUUCGCUCACAAAUGUGGAGGAUGUAGAUAAACUCAUUCAAAUAUUAGACAAUCCGAGUGCUGAAGAUGAUACGGCUACCAGUACUUCGGAAGAAUCACAAGGUUAUGCAGUGGGAGUAGUAAUUCAAUUGGUCAUAAGGUUAUUGGCAUAUUCACUUCAGUAUCGGAGAUGUCUAUCCACUGUACCUGCCGGGCGCCUUACCUCAGCUCUUAAUUCUAUCUCGGAUUACCGAAGUGCCAUGUUAGACCUUUCAAACCCUUUCACGACUAUACAGUGGAACGUUCUGAUUUCUGAUUUCUUAAAUAAAGCUCAAAGCUUGUUGAAAUUGCCAUUUAAUCCAUUUAGCGACGCGACAAAUGAUGCACAAUUCAUGGUCUCCGGAAUCUCUCCGUUCGCAAUUACUGGUGGCACGAUACUUCCUUUAGACACUAACGUCAGCUUCCUUGAAAAUCUUUAUCGUCAAGCGGCCGGACAAAACAAAUCAUUUGAAAAAUGUGCUCACGUUGCUUCUUUUAUGUGGAAAUUUGGAUUUAAAGAAUAUGUGACCCACAAAAUUCCUAUGAAACGAGUUAUUAAUGGGGCAUAUAUCUGCUGCGUAGAUCCUUUAUACAAAACUUACUAUUAUACCACCCUAAUUCUAAAUCCAUUUCAUUUUAAGGUUCUAAAAAACCUUCUUAUUUAUGAAAUUGUCUCUGGAAAAGCAGCAUAUAUCCACAGCGCAUUAUACUUUAUAAUGAGUAUGUGCACAUGUGAGGAGGAUUUCAAAUUAAUGAACGAGUAUGGUAUCAUAGAGUGGGGCUUCCCGAUGGAAGGAUAUGCCGGAUUUUGCGAAAAGAUGAAAGAACUGUUAGACAUAAUGUAUUGCUGGAAACUUUCGAAUACUUACACAUGGCAUCUGGAAAUGAUUAAGAUUGUAAAAUGGAAGAUUAAAAUGAAUGACACUUCUAGUUUCAGUGAUUUUGCGGCAUCGUGUUAUGCCCAAGGCGUAUUGAAGAAAGAUGUAUCCGCUACUUUGUACAGUAGUCUCAGUCAAUGA